ACAGGUAAUAUCUAAAGGUUGAAAAACUCUCUUACUCAUCUUUUACUAGUCUUAAUAAUACAGUUUUGAUUGUGAAAUAGAUGCAUAGCACGGUGUUUAUUAGAGGAAAUGCGGACUUGCGUUGAUCAUUGUGUGGGACUUGCAUCAUGAUGAGCUGACAGCAGCACCGGCACUAAUUUCUGGAAAAACUAGAAUUGAACCAAAUCUGAAGCUGAAUAAACAGUCUCUGAAGAAGCAUCUAGUAUUGUGAAUUCUUUAAAUGAUGUAAAUCACAAUAAUGGCAGAGGGCAAUUCCUCAAAGGACAUACCCCGAGGGCUAAUCAGCAGAAGGGGCCUGCCCUCAGGGAGAGGAACUAGACUGCCUUCAAUAGGGAAGCCUAGAGACCUUACAUUAGGAGGGGUACCAAAGAAAGUUUUUACCCCCAACAUCCCUGCUAGGAGAGAUAAGAGUGCUGACAAAACUGAAGAGAAAGGAGAAGGGAAGAAGGAAGGAAAACAAAAACCAGAGAAAUCUGGAGGAAAAGAUGAGCGAGGUAGAGGCAGAGGACGUGGCCGGGGCAGAGGAAGGGGGCGGGGCCAGGAUGUCAUUCAGUCCCACUCCAUCUUUGAACAAGGCCCAACAGAGAAGAUGGCAAAAGGUUCUUCGGUAUUUGAGAGUUAUGGAGGAUCAGGGCCUAAAUCUGGUGGGGGAGGGGGUGGAUCCUCAGCAGGUGGAUCUAAGCUGGGCGUGAAGAAAGAGAGGUCAGAUGAAGAAACCAAGGAAGUCCUGGACUAUCUUCUGAAAGAUGAUUUUAUUGCUGGUCCCCUUUCUGAGGACAAGGACAUGGCACCAGUCCACUUACCUCUCUGUAUUGUAGAGGACAUCAAACCUGCUGUUAAAAUUGAAGCAGAUUCUGGCGAUGUGGAAAUGACAGAAAGUGUAAAAGCCAAGGUGGACAUAUCUGUUAAAAUUCCAACCAAAGCCAAGCUUGCCCAGGAAACCUGUCAACACAUGUUCUCUUCACUAAGUAGUGGGGACCCAAACCAGAUGGUGUUUGUCCAGUUUCCUGACGUUAUGCCAGGGGUACCUGCUAGUUAUGGGAAGGAAGAGGAUGCCAAAGCCAGCAACAAAGACCAGACAGAGUCCUCCAAGAAAAUUGGUGCCAGUCCCCUGUCUGGUUUUUCAGAAGGUCACAUGGGAAAACUUGUCAUACGGAAAUCGGGACGAACCUCCUUAAUGCUUGGCAAUGUGGUGUUAGAUGUCUCAUUGGGAACCAAAUGUGGGUUCCUACAGGAUGUGGUUUCUAUUCACACUGACAGUGGUGGAAUGGGAGACAUGAGUGUUUUAGGACAUGUGACACACAGACUUAUCUGUACUCCAGACUUUGACUCUCUUCUUCAGGCCAAUCAGACUUAAUAACAAUGGAGUGAUCAUUGUGUGUAGUGACUGCCUGUUUACUUGUGACAUUAGCCUUAACUAGAUAUUGUUGAGAUGGUGACUGUCUCAAAGGACCCCACUUUUAGUACAAGACAUCAGGAUGAAAGGGACUUGUUGGGGUUUGACCUUGAUCUUUGACUUGCACCAUCCUUGGGUGAGGUAUGAGUCAUAUGGCACCAAGGGGAGAGGAAAUAUGCUCUUGACAAGGAUAUCACACAGAUAUCUGUUUGAC